AUGACGCUGCAGGACAUACCCCCCUUUGACCCACGGAGGGCCUCGGGCAGCCAGCCGCACCAUUCACACGCCCUCGACGACUACCUCGACCCCGCCGCCGUCUCGCCAACAAAGCAGGCACCGCCGAACCGACCUCGCACGCUGCGCAACGCCCAGACCAUGCACGAGCCCCGUUUGCUUCAGCAACACUACCCGCCCCAGCCCUACAGUGCCAAGACCGCCGCCGCCGCGGGCGCCGACGCUUUCGAGGCCGGAUCCACACCCUUUGACGGCCUCCGCGCUCCCAUCACCAUCCGCCCAUCGGGCAGGCCUGGCUUCAAUGCCCCAAAGGCUGCCACGUUUUUCCUCGGCAAGGACCACGAGCGGUGGCGGCGCUACGACCGCGACCGCAUGGGCCUCGGCCUCGCCUGGGCCAGGAUUGCCAGCGCCGUCAGCAGCCGCAGCGGAAAGCGCGGCAGCCGCGGCGCCCUCUCGUCCAUGUCCGACACCGACGACGACAUCGAUUACGACGACGACGCCCUCCACAGCGACGACGCCGCCUCGGCCUUUAGCGGGCGCUCCAGCCGCUCCCGGUCGUCGCGCCACAGCCAUGGCGGGAGACGCAGCCGUCGGCCAUCCGAGGCCCUCAUGAUGAGCCCUCCCAUGACGCCCAUCGACGGCAUGCCCGGCAAUGGUGCGUCGAGGGCCCGCCGCUUUUCGUCGCACGGCUCCGAGGCGGCCUUCCUGCGCCACGAGACCGUCAUCGGUCUCCACACGCCGCGGCGGCUUUCGCAAUCGUCGUCUUCGGGCGGCGACGCGCACCCCGCCCUCCGGCCCCUGGCCCAGAUCCGUCCGCCGCCCAGCGGCUCGCCCUCGUCGGUGGCUGUCGUGGCCGACAAGCCCGCCUCGAAGCGCAGCGAGCAGCACGACAGGAAGCGUGAGGAGCGGGCGGCCAAGAGGGCUGACAGGGCCGAGCGCGAGCGCGAACGCGAGCUGUCCAAGAAAAAGGUCAAGGAGCAGGCCCACGGCACCCUCGACCUCGGCGAGGCGGCGCGACCGUCGCUGCGACGCCUCCGCUCCAACCUCGAGGAGGCAGCGGCGGCGGCGGCCGCCUCAACGCCCGAUCUGGCCCUGCUCGACGCGGACGACUCGGCAGUAGACGACAACGCCAGCCCGUUCGACGACGACCUCCGGGCCGUCGAUGUCCUCCGCACGACGCUGAGCGACGCCGCACUCGACGGCAAGGGACCCAUGAGCGCCACCGACCUCCGAUCCCUGGUGACGGCAUCCCGCGCCGACGCCCCCUCGCCGUCAUCUCCGCUGCCGACAUCGCCGAUCCGGCGCACCGCUUCCCCGCGGGCGCCACCCCUCAAGCUGGCACGUAGGCGGCGGCCGGAGCAUGUCGAGGGCACGCUGUACGACAAGAGCGGGCCGCACCGCGAAGGAGCCGUCACCGACGGCCUCAGCGUGAGGCUGUUUAGCUGCGAGGACCCGCAGCGCCAGGCUCCGUUCGAGGACGCCGACCUAAGCAACCCGGAGAAGCCCGUGACGCAGCCGUGGGGCCGGCGGACGUCGUCAAGCUCGCGGCGCAACUCGAGCAGCUCGAGCGUCGACGACGAGGGGGCCCUCUUCAUGCGCACCCAUCGCCGUCCGCAGUCGGCCGACGGGCCCAGCAACGGCGGCUCGUCGUCGUCGUCGUCGUCGAGGCGGAGCUCGAUGUACCAGGGCGAAGCGGAUGGCAGCACUUCUGCCGCCGCCGCCUCCGCCGCCGCCGCUGCCGUCGAUGGCGAGGCCGUGUGCGCCGACGAAGAAGAGGGCGACGCGGGCUACCACGCGUCCAAGGCGCAGGUCUACCUCAUCACCACGCCCGACAACCGCGUGUCGUCGGCGGCCAAGCUGCGGCGGUGGGCCAUGGACGGCCAGGGCCGCUUCUACGCCGCCAUGGAGAUCAAGAGCGUCGAGGCCAAGCUGCGCGCCGCCGACCCCGCCAUUGGGCCGGCGACGCGCCAGCUGGCGCAGGAGCUGCGCGAGACGUACCUCGAAGACAUUCUCGACGAAGUGCAAAAGGCCGAGACGCUCAACCCGACGCGGACGGGCGCCGUGGCCAAGCUGCUCAAGACGGAAGACGACCGGUACGUGCGGCUCGAGGAAGACUACCCGGAAGAGGCGUUUUUCGUCAUUGCCGGGUGCGACGAGGUGGAGCUCUACCCGGUCCUGGCCCUCGUCUUUGUCCAGGCCAUCCGCACCCUGGCGCGCUUCCACGCCGCGGGCUGGAUGCACGGCGACGUCAAGCUCGAGAACCUCAUGUUUGACGAGGCCGGACGCCUCGUCGUCAUCGACUACGAAAACGCCAACCCCUACCGCGGCAUCCCGGGCGGCGACGGCACGGUGCAGCUCGUCAGCUACGACUGGAUCCCGCCCGAGGCGUCGCCGGGCCCCUACGGGCGCCGGAUGGGACCCUCGGGCGACCUGUGGGCGCUCGGCUGCAACCUGAUCCGCGCCUUUGCGCUGCGCGACGGCAUCGAGGACCUCGCCAUCCGCGAGAUGCUGCUCGGCGACGGCCAGAGGCGCUUCCUCGGCUUCGUCUCGGGACUCGUCACUCCGCGCGCGGCGGCGGCAGCAGCAGCAGCGGCCGGCGAGGCGAGCUCCGAGGCGGCGCCCGCGUCGGCCUACGAUCUUGACCUCGAGCCCAUCUUUGCCGAUGCUGCUGAGGACGCCGAUGUGGGCGAGGUCGAAGGCGAGGGCGACGUCGAGGCCGGUAGCAGCAGUGCUUCAGUGAGCGCUCACUCGCCGCCGCUCUCGUCGUCGGUCGACCCGGCGACGACGAGGCUCGACCGCGAAGGAAGCUACGACGCGGCCUCGACGGCCUCGACGGCGUCUUCGUCGCAAAACGACGCCUCGACCGCAGCGACGUCGUCGUCGUCGUCGUCGCACUGCAGCACCGUCGCCUCGUCAGUGUGUACAACCUCGAACGGCGCGGCCCACAACGAGCCCGCCAAGACGACGCCAUCGGCGACGACGGCGCCAGCGACAACGGCCGUACCGUCGCCGCCUACGCCUGCGCGGCUCGUCUACCGGUUCGCCAGGUCGGCGCCCGAGCUGCUGCGCUUUGUCCUGACGCGGUGCGUCACCGCCGACGUCGGGGUUCGCGGCACCGAGGCCGAGGUCGAGGGUCUGCGCCUGGCCACCUGGCUCGAGACGGAGCGCGGCGAGCUGCUCAAGCAGGGCCAGAAGGCCGUCGAGGAGGCCAUCGAGAUGAGCGGAAGCUCGUGGGUGCGUCCGAGGCUCGACGAGGCCAGGAGGAGCCUCGGUCUCGAGUGA